GACAUGUCCAAAUGAAGGAAAAUAUUCAAAAUCAUCUAAAUUAUUAGAAAAAAGUUUGGCCAUGAAGGUUUUUUGAUGACCAAAUGAACCACCAAUUGUUCUACCAACUUAAACUAAAGAAAUCAUGCUUUUAUUAAUCACAAACACUAUCUGUUUCAGUUGGCAACAAUCCCCAUCCACAAUGGGGGAUUAUCAUCCACAGUCCAAGUCAAGGUGAUGGUGUACAUACUAGUGAGACAAUGACGAGUGUUCAUAACUGGGAGACACAUGGAGGCCCUAUGAGGGGACAAAUUGGAGAAUCCUCACAGUUUCAAACAGGAAAAACACCACAGUUUCAAACUGGAGAAUCACCACAAUUUCAAAUUGGAGAAUCACCACAAUUUCAAACUGGAGAAUCACCACAAUUUCAAACUGGAGAAUCACCACAGUUUCAAACUAGAGAAUCACCACAGUUUCAGACUGGAAAUGGCAAACCUGACUCAAAAUAUAAAAGAAAAUGGCAAUGUACAAUAUGCCUUAAGAGAUUCAUACAGAGGAACCAUCUUGGCUAUCAUAUGAAUACCCACACAGGGCACAGGCCAUAUGUAUGUUCCAUAUGUAACCAAGGAUUCCCUUCACCAGCAGGCCUCUCUCAACACAUGAAGAACCACCAUAAUGCUUUGCAUUAGUUGCAAUAAUGGACCAGCAAAAUAAUGAACAUACAUGUACAUGUUACACAAUGUUAUAUUUUCAAUCGGGGAAACUACAUUAUGUCUCAGAUUCAGAUUCAUCUAAUUAGCAUAUAAUCCUCUUAUAGUUGGCAAUUGACAAAAUACAGUAAAACCUGUCUAAUCUAAAUGCCACAGGGACCACUCAAAAGUUUUCAAUAUUUUCUGACAUUGAUGAAACUGAAAAAGUGUUUAUACUAAAAAGGUGAUCACAUUUUACUUUACCACAUGGAAUCCAUACUGGGGACUGACUCCUAAGUUUGCCACACCAUUGCAUAGAAUUCAUACUGGAGAGAUUUUGCACUUUUAUUUUGUGGAAUACAAACAGAUUGUAUUCUGACUUGAUAUGAUAUAUAAUACAUGCUAUUUUAAUACUUUUUGAUG